AUGUUUUCAUCGAUAUCAGUUUCUCUUUAAGAUUUAAGGGGUUAGAGAAUAAUUUCUACAAAUGGCAUAUCAAAUUAUCGAGAUUUUUAAAGAAUGCCUAUUACUAAAACAAAUUAUAAAAGAUAAUACUUAAAAGGAGCAUCAAAUAGGGUUAAAUCAUUGAAAGAGGAAUCUAAUUUCAUAUAAUUAUGUAGUGAUAGAAAAGAUAACGAAAAAUAAUUUAAGUUUAAUAAACAAAGUUAACUCUUAAAUUAUAGAAAUUUUCAUCUGCAUAAAUAAUACCCACUCACAUAAAGGGAAUAAUAAAAUGAAAUUGAUAGUUUAAAUAAAAUUAAUAGUGGAAAAUAGAUGUUUAAAAACUCAUCAUUGAAAUUGAUAACUGAUUCUAAUAAUCAAUUAAUUGAAUUAGUAUGUUCAUCUGAACCAGUUAUAUAAAAAAAUAAAAAAACUAAUUCUAUUUCUAAUGUUCAAAAAGUAGAAGAAAGAAUAAAUAAUAAUAAUAAUAAUAAUAAUACUAAGAGAAUAUCAUCUGCAAAUAAUCAUCUUUAAUUAAUAAUUUCAUCAACAAAUAAUAAAGAGGAUUUAUUAAUUAGAAGUAUUCAAUCUACUCAAAAUUAUAUAUCAAAAGUUUUAAUUAAAGAAAAUAAACUAGAUAGAAGUUUGAAGACUAAAAUACCAACUUCUUUUGAUGGAACAAAAAAAUUUUUAAAAUAAUUUAUAUGA